AUGGAUGUCCCCGACACACAACAAAAUUAUGAUAAACAAAGUGAACUAAAAGCCUUUGACGACACAAAAGCUGGUGUCAAAGGGCUAAUUGAUGCUGGGAUUACUAAAGUACCUCGAAUAUUUAUUCAUCCAGAGGCCUUAGAAAACCCCUCGAGCCCCAGAAAAACACGUUUUAUUUUCCCAUUAAUAGACCUUCAAAACAUCAAUAAAAAUCCUAUCAAGCACAAAGAAAUAGUAAAUAAAAUUCGAGAUGCAUCGGAGACAUGGGGUUUCUUUCAAGUGAUCAAUCAUGGAAUUCCAGUGUCAGUACUAGAUGAAAUGUUGCGAGGAGCACGUCGUUUUCACGAGCAAGAAAUCGAUGUUAAGAAGCCAUACUAUAGUCGAGAUGUGGCAAGGAAGGUGAUGUAUAACUGCAAUUUUGAUUUGUUUAGUGAGAAAGCUUUAGCAGCAAAUUGGAGAGACUCACUUUAUUCUGUUAUGGCUCCAAAUUCUGCUAAGCCAGAGGAGUUGCCUGAGACGUGCAGGGAAAUUGUAAUAGAGUACUCAGAUCAUGUGAUGAAAUUGGGGUGCAAUUUGCUUGAGUUAUUAUCAGAGGGUCUUGGUCUCAAACCUAAUCAUCUCAAAGAAAUGGACUGUGCUGAGGGACUUGGCAUUUUGUGUAAUUAUUAUCCAGCAUGUCCACAACCCGAACUUGCAAUAGGCACAAGCAGACAUGCAGAUAAUGAUUUUUUCACAGUACUUCUACAAGAUGAUUUUGGAGGACUUCAAGUUUUUCACCAAAAUCAUUGGGUUGAUGUUCCUCCUAUCCAUGGAGCUUUAGUUAUCAAUAUUGGUGAUAUUCUCCAGCUCAUAUCAAAUGACAAGUACAAAAGCAUAGAGCACAGAGUGCUGGCAAACAAAGUUGGUCCAAGAAUAUCAGUAGCAAGUUUCUUCGGCACAGGGCCAUUGGCAUCUUCAAGGAUUUAUGGACCAAUUAAGGAGUUAUUAUCAGAAGACAAUCCUCCAAAAUAUAGAGAAACUACAAUGAAAGACUUCUUUGAAUACUCUAGCCAGAAAGGACUUGAUGGCAAUUCUAAUUUGUCUUACUACAGAAUUUGAAACUUACACUUUGUUUGGAUCAUUGUUCCCCAUUGUUUUAUAAUGUAUUGUAUGGUAUUGUACCGUAUCGUUUUAUGAAUAGAAUAUUUGGAUAGAUUGUAUUGUU